AUGGCCACACUUGCCACCCAUUCCCAACCCGUAGUAUGGGGAUCAGCCACUGAUCAAGACGGGAACAGUUCCGCAAAUCCUCGCCCUGAGGAACCACGAUCAUCAAGCGGAGACUUCCCUGCUGUGUACACCAGAGAUCACGAGAUAGGCGAUGAGGACAACGGCUCCUCGAACCCUUUGCUACAAGACUCUCAGUCUUUGAAGGCGCCAACCACUCCGGACACUCCUAACACGGAGUCUGCCCCGGCCUAUUCGGAAGCCCUUGGUGGCGUAUUUCCAAUGGACGAGGCGCUGAUCGAAGCUCUUCCAGCAGGAAGUACCUUUGUUUCGGUCGAACACUUUGGAACCAGUGCCUGGACUAUCACUGGCAAAGUAACUGCCCGGGAUGCUGAUGAUGAAUCAGAACAGUACUACUUCGUCAAGAUUGCCUAUGGAGAAACCGGGCGGGUCAUGCUUGGUGGCGACCCAUCGGGUACGGAUAAGUAUCACGCACAGAGUCCAGAGACAUACUUCUACCUCUCCGAGUUCGUUGACAUGGACGUCACGACGCCGCCGGACCCGGCCGAGUUCACGAGUAGGCUUGCCCUCAUGCACAAGCUGAGCAAAUCACCCACGGGCAAAUUUGGCUUCCAUGUCCGGACCUGCGAUGGCGACAGGGCCCAUGUCGUGGACUGGCAGGAGAGUUGGGCCGAGUUCUAUCGGAAUCUGUUCCUGGGCGUUUGCGAGCUGGACCUUAAGCGGAACGGACCCUGGCCCGAGUACGAGCGCGCCAUCAACCAGAUCGCCUGGAAGGUUAUUCCGCGCCUCCUUGAGCCCUUGCAAGGCAAUGGUCGCAAGCUCAAGCCGUGUAUCAUCCACGGCGAUCUCUGGGAGGGCAACAUGGGCAUUAAUAUGGAAACUGGUGACAGUUUGCUCUUUGACGCCGGCUCUUACUUUGCUCAUAACGAGAUGGAAUUGGGGCAUUGGAGAUGCGAGUUCAGCUCCGUGUUCCGAGCCGAGGUGUACACCAGGCAGUACCUGCGGCAUUACCCAGCUGCGGAGCCGGCUGAGGAAUUCGACGAUCGCAUUCGGCUGUAUAGUCUGAAAGGGGCCAUCAAUUAUUCUGCCGGUCAUGUGGACAGUGACCUGAGGAAAACCGCGUAUAACAACAUGUGUUACCUGUGCGAGAAAUACGCCCCUAUCGAUGGCAUUGCCCCGUAUAAUCCCCUGAUUGAUCUUCUCUCACGGGGGCAUGCAUCGUUCCGCACUUGGCAGACGGACUCAUUUGAAGACUUUAAGCCUGAAAUAGCGCAUAUCUACUAG